AUGUCUACUAUCAAUAGAGCAAAAGAAUCUGCAGAAGGAUCAUCAUCACGAUCUGCUGGUGAACAACAACAACAACAACAACAACACCAGCAAUCAUCUGCUCCAGUAAGUCGAUAUGAAUCACAAAAGCGUAGAGAUUGGAACACCUUUGGUCAGUACUUGAAGAACCAAAGGCCUCCAGUUUCACUUUCACACUGUAACUACAACCAUAUAUUGGAUUUCCUUCGAUAUCUCGAUCAGUUCGGUAAGACCAAAGUACACUUACAUGGUUGUAUCUUCUUUGGACAACCAGAGCCUCCUGCUCCUUGUACUUGUCCUCUAAGACAAGCUUGGGGAAGUCUUGAUGCACUCAUUGGCCGUCUUCGAGCUGCGUACGAAGAGAACGGUGGUUCGCAGGAGACAAAUCCUUUCGGUAAUGGUGCUAUUCGUGUUUAUUUGCGUGAAGUAAGGGAGUGUCAAGCUAAGGCAAGAGGAAUUCCAUACAAGAAGAAGAAGAAGAAGAAAAUUCUACAGAAGCCAAACAAAGAUCCCAACCCUACGGUGCAGUAGUCCUCUUGAUCUUCUUCACUU